AUGAGGAUGACACGUUCCCAGCGUACCAAACAUGUUCGACUAACAUUCAUCUCGAUAGUUGUUAUUCUGGUUUUUGCAUUAGUGUAUACACUUAGCAGGUCGGCUGCUGUAUCCACGUACUCGGACGUUUCAAAGAUGAUAACUGACUUUGGACAGAAAUACAACCCAGCCACUCUAGUAAACGACCAUUCUUCAAAUAUACCGAUGGAUGACACUCAGAAUCUGAAAGACAAAUCUUUUGGAAAUAAAGGGAACAACAACAAGAAUGAUGUUCUGGGAAAUUUGCAAAGUGAUAUGCUUGGAGAAGAAACGUCUCAAAACCCGGGGAAUUAUCUAGGAGAAAUUGAACGCAUGUCGCCAGAAGAAGUGGAAAGAGCCAAAUCAAUAAUGGAAGAGCCAAAAAAAGGAGACGAAGCAACAAACAAGCUUGGUGUUCCUGAUCCUGGCAAUCCCAAGUUCUCUCGCGUGACAAAGAACAAACCGGAACUUCCUAAAAUUCCCCUGAUUGGUACUAGUGACAAAUUAAAACGGUUCAAAUUUAGAAUAUACUCCCAUAAUGUGAAAAACGGUGGUUACCACAGUCUAGUUCCAGGAGAGCAAUCAUGGUCAGAUAGACUAAUUCCAUUAGUUGCAUCCAUUAAGUUUAAUACGUUUGCCGACAAUUCAAUUGUCACCUUACAAGAGGUCUAUAAAUUUCAAAUGUUGGAUAUUUUGAAAGAGCUCAACCGGCACGAACCUGAUAAAUGGGAAUACUAUGGUAAGGGAAGAAUUGAUGGAGAAGAGAUAGGGGAGUUUGUUCCAAUAAUUUGGCAGCCUGCUGAAUGGGAGCUAAUGUAUAGUGACACAAUGUGGCUCAAUGAUAAGGACCCAAGAACGUCAUUUGAGGGUUGGGACGCCAUUUAUGCCAGAAUUGUUUCUUAUGUCACCUUGAGGCACAGAGCAACUGAUAAUUAUAUCAACGUCUUCAACACGCAUUUUGACCAUGUAGGACAGGAAGCACAAGUUGGAUCAGCAAAAUUAAUAAUAGACACAAUGAAGGUGUUGAAUCUGUGGCCAAGUUUCCUAAGCGGAGACCUAAACAUAGAACCCAAUCUGGAGCCUUACAAAGUGUUGAAUGAACACUUGCAGAAUACAGCAGAUUUAGCGACUCCAUUUAACAAGUUUGGGCAUUUCAAAAGCACGGUCACAGGUUUUGAAGGAGAGGUGUUAUUAGAUGGUGGUCAAAAUAUAGAUUAUAUUUUUGCACCAAAAUAUACCCUAAAAAUGGGCAAUGAUGAACAAGACGAAGCCUCUGGACAAACAACUACAAAAAUAAAUCUAAAGCUUUAUCAGUUGGGUAUGCUACAUUCAAAAUUCAACGGUAAAUACAUAAGUGACCACCGGCCAUUGGUUGCUGAUUUUAUUAUGAACUGA